AUGUUUUAUAAAUAUGCAUGGGAUCCUAAGCUAAUUGUAGGGCAGAUUAUUUCGGUUCAAUGUGUAUAUUAUAUGUUCUUGGCGGUUUCAUUAUAUGUUUUAGAUUCUAUAUUUCUCGAUGCACUCUCUUUAGAUCAGAUUUUCUCUUAUCAAUCUACCAAUGUACAUAGUCAACAUGGUUGGGUAGUAACCAUUUCUUUUUUAUUAAAUUCACUUUUUGGAUCUGUUUGUUUAAGAUAUAUAGUUGAGAGAUCAAAGAAAUGUUUAGAUCAUGCAGCAACAGUAACGUUUAUACAUUUUGUUUUUGUUUGGUCGUUCAGUGGAUUCCCAAAGACAGCUUCAUGGUGGAUCGUUCAAAUCAUUGGAAUGUUUAUAAUGGCUAUUUUGGGAGAGUAUCUAUGCAUGAGAAAAGAGAUGAUGGACAUACCACUGUCGCGAGCCAAAGAACUCGAUUCAACACCUAUUCUCUUACGACCACCAGUAGCACAACUCUCUCCACCUUCACCUUCAUUCAACACAGAGACCUCUCCGAUUCUCUCUGAUAGCACAUCGUCUAUUGUACUGGAAGAUUUCGAUGGUGAUGAAAAUAAUAAACUAAGAGCUUCACAAAUUUCGAUUACUGAUAGUCUUGAUUUUUAUUGUUUUCGUUCCCAAAUUUAA